CCGUCGCCGUUCGCCGUGUCGCCGUUCGCCGUGUUCGCUCUUCGCUGUAAAUGCUUAACGUUCUGUCGCAAAGCCAACGGUAAAACGCUCAAUUGUUAUCGAUAACCGCUGCGCAAGUGCAACAGGCUUGGAAAAUGUGUCAAUAAUUGUUAAAAUAUUGUUGUCUGAAAUGGAUAACGCCUCGCCUGCGCAGGACAAUCAUCGCGGCUCGGUGUCCUCCAACAAAUCACUGGACAUACCCAUAACGCCGUCGCGCUCACCCAAAAAGGUCUCCUUCUCCGACGAGCUGCCCGGCGGCAGCAGCCUCGGCAGCCGCAGCAGUAGCCAGAGCAGCUCGGAGCCAAGCGGCGUUAGUCACGUGCUGCAGCAGGCCGUCCAGUAUCUGGAGCGUUUGCACGGCGCACGCGAAUAUCCCGCCGAGGAUGCUGUCAGCAGCGUUGAGCAACAGCUGCCGCCACCCGCUGUGCUCGACUUGGAUGCCCAAUCCGUGCAGCUGAGCGUUAGCAGCGGCGCCGCCGCCGUUGCCGCCGCCGCUUCGCCUAGCAUACUGAUUGCGGAACCAGGUGACGCUGCCAAUGAUUACGCGAAUGGCAAGCAGGAAGCGCCGCAUGAGCCGCAAUCGCAUUUGUACAUGGAGCGAUACAAGCUUAAUUUAGAUAAGAACUGCAGCUCCAUGGAGCUGGAGGCGCGACGCGAAAAACAACGCUGGCUCUUGAUAUCGGAGUGCAGCGCCCGCUUUGGCGAGGGCAAACACACACGUGAGGCAUUCCGCAAGCUCUUCCUAGAUGAGGAAUUUCAGCAGAAACUCUUUCAACUGUUCGAUCUGGAGCGCAAUGGAUAUUUGCUGCAAGAUCGCUGGAUCGAGCAUCUCAAGGGGCGACUCACCGACGAUCGCCAAAUGGACUUUGCGGAGCAAAUUGAAUCUGUGGCCUAUGUCAUCUGCGGCGAGAAGAGCCAAGUGAGCUUCAAGAACUUUCGCGAUAUCUGGCAUACGCGGGGGAUUCUGGAUAAGCUCUACCGCCUCAUCGAUAUCGAUGGCACCAAUCUAAUCUCAACGAACCAGGUCAUGGAGUUUAUAUCGCAUCUAACCAACUCCAGACCCCGCACGGGCUUUGACAAGAGCUCGCUGGCGCGCUUGGAGCAGCUCUUUCGUAAUACUGUGGGCAACGAGCAGGAGAUACGACGCGAGGAGUUCCAAAAAAUUGUUACAUCCAAGAAUCCCUUUUUUACGGAGCGCGUUUUUCAAAUAUUCGACAAGGAUAAUUCGGGCUCAAUAUCGCUGCAGGAGUUUAUAGAUGCCAUACAUCAGUUCUCGGGGCAAUCGGCUGAUGACAAGAUACGUUUUCUCUUCAAGGUCUACGAUAUUGAUGGUCUGUACCAGAUUAUUCCAGUGAGAUUCCUUGAUCCUUAUCCCUUAUCAUAUGUUCUAGGUGAUGGUCUUAUACAGCACAAGGAGCUGCACGAUGUGAUUCGGCAUUGCAUCAAGGAGAACGGCAUGGAGUUCUCCGAGGAUCAAAUCGAGGAUCUAACCAGCGCCAUGUUCGAGGACGCCGAUCCGCACAACAGCGGCGAGAUUACCUACGAGGCGCUCAAGAAUCAGCUGCACAAGCACGGCGGUCUGCUCGAGAACCUUAGCAUUACCAUUGAUCGCUGGCUGGUGCCCAUUGCGGAGGAACCGCCGUCUGGCAAAUCUUCGCGACUGUGGCACACAAUACCUCACCAGCUGACGCUGGCCUAUAUGAAGAACAAUCAGGUGUUUGUCACAUAUUUAUUCUUCUACAUCGCCGUCAAUCUGUGCCUGUUCAUCUCCCGUGCCAUACAGUAUCGCGCCAGCAAUGGCUUUGUGAUCAUAGCCAGAGCUUGUGGUCAAUGUCUAAACUUCAACUGCGCCUGGGUUCUGGUGCUGAUGCUGCGGCAUUCGCUGACCUACCUGCGCUCGCGUGGCCUGUCCUCGUUUCUGCCGCUUGAUCAUCAUGUCUAUCUGCACAAGCUGACGGGGAUAACCAUCUCAGUUCUCAGUCUGGUGCACACCAUAAUGCAUCUGUUCAACUUCUCCAUAAUUGUGAUUAACGAUCCGCUGAUCAAUGCCGGCCAUUUCACCAUCGGCGAGUGGCUGCUGACGGAUCGUCCGGGUCUGUUUGGACUGAUACCGGGCUGUGCCAAUCCGACGGGCGUCGCUCUGCUGGCGAUUUUGAUUGUGAUGUUCGUGUGCUCGCAGCCGUUUGUGCGGCGCAAGGGCAGCUUUGAGGUGUUCUAUUGGACGCAUCUGCUGUACGUGCCCUUCUGGAUAUUGACGCUCUUCCACGGGCCCAACUUCUGGAAGUGGUUCAUGCUGCCCGGCCUCGUUUACAUUGUGGAGCGUGUGCUGCGCUUUGUCUGGAUGCGCGGCGAGCACGGCAAGACCUACAUCAGCUCCGGCCUGCUGCUGCCCUCCAAGGUCGUACAUUUGGUCAUCAAGCGACCCUUCAAUUUCAACUUUCGACCCGGCGACUAUGUCUUUGUCAAUAUACCCGCCAUUGCCAAUUACGAGUGGCAUCCGUUUACCAUCAGCUCGGCGCCCGAACAGGAGGAUUACAUGUGGCUACACAUACGCACCGUCGGCGAGUGGACGAAUCGCCUCUAUCGCUACUUCGAACGCGAGCAACAGAAGCUGCACCAGGGAGAGCUCAACCAGCACAUGCACGCCAUACCCACGCCCAGUUUCAUGCUGCUGAACGAGGCGCGCAAUCCGGCGCUGGCCGAGAAGUCCAGGCCCACGACGACACCGCAAACGGACUUCCUAGCACGCAACCUGGCGGGCAGCAGCAGCCGGGUCGACCAGCUGCCGCCGGAGCGACCGCCACGACAGCAUCGCAAGCUGACCGCAGCAGCUGCCGCCCCGUUGGAAGCUAACGCUGCUCCGACGGGCGUUAAUCGCAUUAGGAGCAUCAAGAAAACGCUGCAGCGCACCUUCUCGCGCAAGGAGUCCGCCGACCCGAAGAGCAAGCCCAACCAGGUCGCGGGCAUAGCCAAUGGCGCCUUCGUGGGCGAUGGCAAUGAGCGCGAGGAUUUGAGCCUCAAGCAGCGGCCGCUCGAGAAGAGCAUCUCGCUGCCGGACAUCAGCAUGAAGAGCAAGAAACGCAGCCGGCUCAAGGCCCUGCGCGCCUUGGGCCGCUCCGAGUCGGAGCGUGCCUUUGACGACAAGCGCCUGCGACGCGCCCGCAACAGCAGCGUGGGCUUGGCCUAUCUGAGUCCGCAGAACAAGUCGCUGGCGCAGAGUUUCCGCUACAUGCGCAACAAGCCCACGAUCAUAGCCUUCAAGACGCCCAGCCUGGAGCUGAGCGAGCUGCAGCAGCAGACGCCGGCCGAGGGCAAUGGCGCCUUGGAAGCCAGCAGCGCUGCGGAGCUGGGUCGUCUGAGCCGAGCGGAGAGCGGCGCCGACAGGCAGCAGCAUCAGCUGAUGCGGCUCAGUCUGGCCACGGAGGACAAGCCGCUCGAGGAUAACACAUACACGGGCACGGGCACGGGCAGCAGAAAGUCGCGCUUGCGUCGUCCCACAUUUCUGCGCACAUUGUCCACAUCCCUAACAAAUCGUGGCGCGGGCGGCGGCGGCGGCGGUGGCAGCUCCACAACUAACAGCGGUAGCAAGGUCACACUCGAUGCGGGCGUCAUGGAGAUCUUCAUUGAUGGCCCUUACGGCGCACCCUCGAGCCACAUCUUUGGGGCACAGCAUGCGGUGCUCAUUGGCACAGGAAUUGGCGUUACGCCCUUUGCGUCCAUUUUGCAGUCGAUUAUGCAUCGGUAUUGGAAGGCACGUCACAGCUGUCCGCGCUGCCAGUUCGAGUGGGCCAGCGAGAUACCCAAAUCUGUGAUGAAUCUGCGCAAGGUGGACUUUUUCUGGAUCAAUCGGGAUCAGCGCUCGUUCGAGUGGUUCGUCAAUCUGCUCUCCCAGCUGGAGAUUGAGCAGGCCGAGCUGGGCGGCGCCAUGGAACGCUUCCUGGACAUGCACAUGUACAUCACCAGCGCGCUGCAGCGCACGGACAUGAAGGCGGUGGGUCUGCAGCUGGCGCUGGAUCUGCUCCACGAGAAGGGCAAACGUGAUCUUAUUACCGGCCUGAAGACGCGCACCAAUGCGGGUCGACCCAACUGGGACAAGGUCUUUAAGCAGCUGCAGGCACAGCAGAAGGGCAAGGUGACCGUAUUCUAUUGCGGGCCGCCGCAGCUGGCCAAGACGCUGCGCGUCAAGUGUGACCAAUACGGAUUCGCCUUUCGUAAGGAGUGCUUUUGAGUUCCCCAACAUCCAUAUCCAUUACCCAUCCCUCCAUCCAUUCCUCUCAGGCUCCUCUCACUGUGCUCCACGUUCUCAGCUCAUGUCAUUGUCAAUUGGGUUUUGGGUUUUAUUGAUAUAGUUUUUCGAUUUUCUAUAUAUUUAUUCGUCAUGUGUUUUGUUGCCUCAUUCGCUAUGCGUGUGUCCCAAGCUUGUAAAUAUCUCUCUCUUAUUAUAAUAAUAAUAAUAAUAAUAAAAAAAAAAAUUGUUACUCUAAAUGUGGCUGACGGUUGCCUCGUCCAAUA